UAUAGCUCGUUGAAAUAUCUCAAAUAUGUAUAUUUUAAAAACUUUUUGUACACUUUUAUCAAAAAUAAACAUAMAUAAAAGGAGUAGAAUAGCAUUUAUCCACAUAUUCUCAAGUCCAGUGCGCAAAAUUCGGUCAACUCCGAAAACUAAACGCCAAUGUCUACAGCUAAUAUCAGUUGGAAGUGUCUAAAUAAUUUGUGCAAAGAUUCAAGUGAAGACUACGUAGUUUUUACUACAUAGAUACAUGCAUACAUUCUAUAUUUUUUAAACUGAUUAAGUGCAAUUAGCCUUAAAAGAAAAAUUUAACAACGAUUAUAGGGCAGUGUCCUCAGCCAUGUAAAUGUUUUUAAAUUGGCGUAUCAGGAGAAACAUACKAUCAAAAAUGUGGUAACACUUGAUCCAAGCUCAUAAUUAUCCACCUGUGUUGCCUCUAAACAUAUCUUAACUCCAUAUCUAACAAUUGCAGCUGCUGUAAAAUCAUAAUAUUGUACUGAAAGCGCAGAGAAUAUCAACAGUGAUACUUUGAUUGAGUUUGAUUGGCCUGACAGAGCCGAAUAUAACUGCAAUUGUAUGCACGAAAUUGCACUCAACAUUGUAUCACUUCAUUGAUAACGUUUCAUAGGAUUGACGUUAUUGUUCCUUUUUCAAUAAUAGUGCAACGGUUCUAUUUUAUCAUCGAUCUAACAAAUCCGUUUGGAUUCAACAUUUUAUUGUAUCUCAUAUAGUACGUACAUAUGUAUACAUAUGUAUCUAGGUAUAUUGUUUCGGGUUACUUGAGUAACAACACCACAAAAAACAAAAAAGGCUCUCCAACGCGAACAUAAAUACCAAGCCGCUAACAGCCGGUUGCACAGUUUAAAAAUUUGCGUGUUGUAAGAUAUCGACAGUUCCAAUUUUCCCAAUCAAGCGUGUGGUAGAGCUUCACAAUGACAACCAAAUCCAAGACUCAACAAGAGAAGCACAAAAUGUCCGAGAUCGACGAAAAUAUUUCGAAAAUGUUUGAUAUAAAAAAGCGCUUGGGUAAAGGAGCAUAUGGCAUUGUGUGGAAAGCAAUGGAUAAGCGUACAAACGAAACAGUAGCAGUAAAGAAAAUUUUUGACGCAUUUCGUGAUGAAACUGAUGCGCAAAGAACUUUUCGUGAAAUUGUUUUUCUAAAGGCAUUUCGUACUCAUCCCAAYGUCAUACGAUUAUUAACUGUAUAUCGAGCAUCGAACAAUUUAGACAUAUACCUCAUUUUUGAAUAUAUGGAGAGUGACUUGCAUAACAUCAUUAAGAAGGGCACUAUUUUGAAGGAUAUUCAUAAAAAAUAUGUAAUGUACCAAUUAAUUAAUGCCAUUAAGUAUAUACAUUCCGGAAAUGUGAUACAUAGGGACCUGAAGCCAAGUAACGUACUCAUAGAUAGUAAAUGCAGAUGUAAAUUGGCCGAUUUCGGACUAGCACGCUCUGUUUCRAAUCGGCCAAUGCGAGAGAAUAACGAUAUGACUAGUGAUCACGUCAUCGAGCCCAUACUUACAGAUUAUGUCGCUACGCGUUGGUACAGAGCUCCAGAAAUUCUUGUCGCAAGUAAAAGAUAUACUAAAGGGAUCGAUAUGUGGAGCUUGGGUUGCAUACUUGGUGAAAUGAUACGUGGAAAACCAUUGUUUCAAGGCAGUAGUACUGUUAAUCAAAUUGAAAGGAUAGUAACAGCUCUACCAGAAAUAACAGAUCACGACGUUAAAGCAGUGGGAGCUGGUUUUGGAUCCGUACUUCUUAGCAAACAGAUUUCACGUGAAAGGAAAACAUCGUUAAAUGAAAUGUUGUCUGAUGCUCCAGAAGAUGCUUUAAAUAUGGUCAAAUCAUUAUUAGUCUUAGACCCUUUGGCUCGACUUACAGCGAAACAAGCCCUUGGCCAUCCAUACGUAGAAAAAUUUCGCAACUCUAUACCAGAAAUUGAAUUGAGUGUGGACAUUUUGCCACCAUUCCGUGAUGAUGUGCGUCUGACGGUACCUGAAUAUCGGUCAAAGUUAUAUGAAAUUGUUCAACAUAACGAAAAAUCAGACAAACGGCAUUCGACUGCAACUGCUAAGGGUUCCAAUAUAAAUCAAAAAGAUCACAAGCUUUCAAAAUCCUACGAUAAGACUGAUCCAUUAAAGAARCCCCACAGGACUAAGCAAGGCAAAAUCUCAGAGGACAAAUAUAUAUCAAAAGAUAAGUAUUUAACUCGACCGGAGAAACACGAAAGUGAAACACAACCAUCUAUCAGCGUGCCCAGUAUAAACGGUAAACCCACUAAAAAGUUAACUACAACAUCUCCUAAUGCAAAACGCAAGUCCGGCAAAACACUUUCCAAAUACUUUGUCCAGCAAACAGUAGAAGUUUUAAAAGAAAAGAAGCACCUAAAAGUACAUGAAAGCUGUGAUGAUCAUUUUCCCGUUAAUGUUAUUGACAAGCGUCAUUCCAUAGAUGCAGGCUACGCUAGUCUCCCAGAUGGUAGAGUAGGUUUAGGAGGACAAUUGGGAGAGCUAGUAGGUCGACAGACUACAUCGCCGAGCGGCACACUAAAAAAACUUGAUAGCACACGGCGACAACACCGUAGCUCGUCGUCGAUAAGUAAAGGUGAACAAAAACACAAAACAGAGCAAGCAACCACUCAUCUUCUUCAGCAACAACAAAAUAAAUAUUCUACACAGCAAAAAUUAGAAUACCGGCAGCAAGAUAGUAGCUUUGCUUAUCCAGAUAUCGACAUAGAAGUUCAAGAUCYAUACAACAAUAACAGCGCUCCAUUUUUAAAGAAGCCUUCAUAUGUUCGGAACUCAAAAUCAGACGUAACGAAUAACAUUGGCGGUGGUGUGACAAAGUCUACUGAAAACAUUGUCAGAGGAAAUGAUCGAUUAUGUUAUGAAAAACGAUUGAAAAAAUUAGAGGAAGAAAUAGAAAAAUACAAAAAAGAAGUAAAGUCAUUUUGUAAAGAAACAUUUAGUUAUACGCAUCAAAAAUCGCCACAAAAGCAUAGUAAGGGUAAUAGUCAGAUUCAAAGUCAAAUCCAAAAUAACUUCCGAAACGCAACUAAUAACCAAAUACAACAUACUCGUCCCCAUACUCAGCAACAGGCAUACCAGGAACGAACGAAAUCCGAUGUUAAAAACAAUAGACAUCAACAACAAAUACAACAAAAUUUGUCCAACACAAAACAAAAUCCCUAUUAUGAUUUGCUUGCUAAGGUAACUCGUGAAUUUGGAAGUAAAAAUGGCAUUAAUUCAACGAUUUUUAAUGGUACUCUCAACGUUGGAGCUGUACCUAUAGCUACAGCUGAACACGAAGGAGUGGAAUAUAUUGUAGACCGAUCGACGAAAAUGUCGAAUAAAGACGUAUUAAUAGAAGAAAAACAUCAGUCCUUCCACGCGCACUCUAACAUAUCAAAAAUUCAUCAGACGCAUCAACAGUUUACACACAAUAUUCAUCGCAACGGCAGACCCAUGUCGAAAUUUAUAGCGCGACCAGCCCAACAUAGUAGCCACUUAACGAAGCAGACAUUAACAAAUUGUCAAUGAAAUUGAUUUUACUAUUCUACGCUAGAAUAACUGCCAUUUUAUCUAUGUUAUUAAAUGCGCGUUUUUAUAUACGUUUAAUGGUAAUUCUAUAUACAUGCAUAUAUGUACUUACCUGUAUAUAUCCAAUUAAAAUAUAUUUGUAUGAGUGUCUAUAUUCACUGAAUAUUUUCAAGAACUA